AUGAGUCUCAUAAAUUUCUUUUCCAAUACCUGGAAAAAGUCUAAAGCCGAGAGAACGGGGCCAGAGCCGGGCGACAAUGGAUUCGGGUUUCAUACCGUUAUUGACAGGGACGCCGACGCUCCUGAAAUGGCCGACAUCGUGGCGGUCCACGGGCUCAAUGGCCACUACGAGACUACUUGGACUGAUGAGAAGACCGGGGUAAACUGGCUACGGGACUGCAUGACGAUCAAGUUUGCCCAUGUCAUGUCCUUCUCGUACAACUCGGCCGUCCAGUUCAGCAAAUCCAUCUCGGAUCUUUUCAUCUUUGCUGACCAGCUCUUAGAAGGCCCUCUGGCUGCGAGAAUCAAUAUCGCAAAUAUAGCCAUACCCAUCGAUAGUAAUCACUGCACAAUGUGCCGUUUCUCGCACAAGAACGAGCCGCGCUUCCAGACUGUGAUGGCCAACCUCGCAAACCUGGCUAGAGACGCCCGCAAAUCGAUGAAUUCCACUCCGGAGAUUGGAACGUCCUUGUUGAUGGGAGAUCUCUCCAGGUCGAACUGGAAACAGCACAAAGAGCGUAACCCGCCGACUGUGACCCUCAUCCUGCAACUUCUCGUGCAGAAAGUCGAGACCGGUGCCUCACGACACGGGCCAGACGGACUCCUGGAAAGUCAGGAUAUUGACACAAUCUACUUAGAGCUCCUUUCUACCCGCCCAGAUGCCGCCGAGGCUCGAAAGAUGCUGAGUAUCAUAUCGGUCGCCACCAGACCCUUAACAAUAGUGGAAAUGAGCAUGGCGUUGGCAGUAACCCCUGACCACGAUGCCCUGUAG